CCACGGUGGUGACUAUUCUUGCGACCCUAUCCCGAGUGCUUGCUUGAUUUCUGCCUUUUUCUUCCAUCCUAUCCUGUCGCUGCUGUUUUCUACUUUUGAUAAUAAAAGCUGUUUGGGGUAUACGGCAUCUGACCUGGUUUGCGUCUUAAUCUCGCUCUUGGGAUCAUAUCGAAACCUUCCCCGACGUUGGAUCGGGACAUUAAAUUAGCGUCACGGAGAGGAUCCCUUGAGAGGAGAGUGCCGUCCUGUUUCCCACAUACGUGAGACCUCUGAGGAACGUGAGGGGGCGAGCUUGGGUCGCGUUUGUUUAAAAAUCUACGUGCUGCCUUCCGAGGCGACCGCUUCCCCGCUUUAGACGAGAUGAGUGACACUAAAAUUGCCCCUGCGGAGCAAAAAGUUUUGUUUGAUUUUUUAGAAAAACAUAAAGCGCGACCCUCUGUGCCAGGGCUAGACUGGGCUCGGGGAAACUGGUAUAAUCUGCAGAGCGUUGUUGAUCGGGUGGUGGCUUUACAGCAAGCCGCUCGAGUGCGGUCAGGGAAGGGAAAAGCGGUUGUCUGCGCCGUUCUCGGUGCCAGCCUGGCCGCAGCAAUAGAGGCUAGGGAUUGCCGCCUCGCUGCAGAAUCUCAGCUUGCUGAAUCCCUCCAAAAGCUCGCUCGGUCCCUUCAGGGACAAGUGGCGGAAUUAAAAGAACAGCUCGAAGGAGAAAAGAACCAAGUGAAACGUUUGCAGGCUGCUCUUAAGGAGCGGCUCCUUGCGGAUACUGUCCGCGAGGAAUUUCCCCCAAGAUCAGAAAUCGGCUACCCCCUUUACGACCUGCAGGCAGCAAAAGAGAGAGUAGAGAAGUUAGAACCGCCUUCGUCGCAACCCUUAGUCAAAACUGAGUAUAUUUACGAUGAUGAGCAGGACCAGUCCCCCCAUGUUACAACUAAAGAGGUCCCCUAUACCGCCACCGAGUUGGCGAAACUAAAAAAGGAAUUUGGCCGAACCCCUAAGGAGUCAGAAACGGAGUAUGUGUGGAGAGUAUCGUUGUCGGGGGGGGACCACAUUCGGUUAAGUGAAAAGGAGGCGGAAGGGUACUGGGGACCAGGAGUGGUUUUAACUACUGGGAACCACCGUGCCCCUUGGUCUUUAACCCAACGGGCAGCCUAUUGGGCGGGGGGUUUGAACCCCUUGGAGAGGGGGGAUCCCCUCGCGAUUACGGGGACUGUUGAUCAAUUAGUGGAGAGUGUGCAGAAGGCGGCUUGUCUGCAGAUGAUGUAUGAUCGAAAAUUAGAGCCUAGACAGGAGUCCCCCAUGAUGAUGCCGGUAGAUCCUGAGCGAAUGACUCCCCUUAUAAGGGGGCUCCCCGAUUCUUUGAAGCACCUUGGUAUACAAUUACAAGGAAGGAUACAGGCGAUGCCCCAGGGUGAGAGAGUCGCGGCUGCUUUAGAAGGACUCACGCCCGAUGGGCACCGCCGACCCCCAGGUAGGAAAAUGUGGACUUGGGGAGAAGUAGCCCAGGAAUUGAUUAAUUACGGGCGCAAGUAUGUUCCUGUUAACCUUCCAGCCACCAAAAUGGACUCCAGGGGCUUGAGGCAAACGGAAGUAAAAACAGUUCCGCACCCUGGGAGUGACAAGAGAACAUCCCUCACCAAACGGCUGGGAGGGAGAGACAUCCCGAAAAAACGUAAUAGGCUGUGGGCAGAGGGACAGCAGAAGGGGAUCCCACGUGACAUAAUGGACAGGCUGCCAACAGACAAAUUAGAAAAGUUGGUUACAGGGUGGCAGACCCACUCUCCUUUUAACUCCCCGGUGUGGCCAGUACAAAAACCUAACGGCAAGUGGAGAUUGACUAUAGAUUAUUGCAGACUUAAUGCAAAUACUGAUCCAUUGACAGCUGCGGUACCUAAUAUUGCUGAGCUUAUAACCACAAUCCAGGAACGAGCCCACCCGAUUAUGGCAACAGUGGAUGUUAAAGAUACGGUUUUUAUGGUCCCUCUGCAACCAGAGGACCAAGACCACUUUGCAUUCACUUGGGAGGGUCAGCAAUUUACUUUCACCCAACUCCCACAAGGAUAUAAGCACACCCCCACUCUAGCCCAUCAUGCGUUAGCGCAGGAGCUAGAAGUAGUUCAGACAGAGAAGGAGGUCAGUGUUUACCAAUAUAUCGACGACAUUCUUGUGGGAGGGGAUGAGACAGAAGAAGUUCAGAUAACUCAGGAUAAAAUAAUUUCCCACUUAUAAAGCUUGGGGAUGAAAAUUCCAUCAGAGAAAAUACAAAUACCCUCGAGCGAAGUAAAGUUUUUAGGAAUUUGGUAGAAGGGAGGAAUGACAUGUAUUCCACCAGACACCCUUUCCUCAUUAGAUCAGAUUAAAAUGCCAGAUUCAAAAAAGGAUUUGGAGCACGUACUAGGAUUACUUGUGUUUUGGAGAAAAGAUAUCCCUGAUUUUUCAAUUAUUGCAAGACCCCUGUAUAACUUGUUGCGAAAACGGGCUCAGUGGGAAUGGACUAAGCCCCACGAAGAAGCAUUGCAGUGGCUAGUGUUUGAGGUGACUGCCCAUCAAGCUCUUGGUCCCAUUCACCCCACAGACCCCGUCCAUAUUGAAUGGGGAUUUGCCAAGAGCGGGCUAUCAAUACAUUUAUGGCAAAAAGGCCCCGAAGGACCCACUCAACCUAUUGGGUUCUAUUCUCGCAGUUUUAAGGAUGUGGAAAAAAGACAUACUGCUUGGGAGAAGGGUUUGUUUGUAGUCAGUUUAGCCUUGAGAGAGGCUGAACAGACUAUUCAGCAACAGCCUGUAGUGCUUAGAGGCCCAUUUAAGGUAACCAAAAUGGUUUUAGCAGGAACUCCACCCCCUGACGGGGUGGCUCAGAGAGCCUCUGUGUGGAAGUGGUAUGCCCAGAUAGAGCAUUAUUGUGACAUUUUUACAGUGUCUGAGGGAGCUGCCAAGACGUUAACCAUUCAAGAAGAGAUGAGCCCAGAUAGAGAAACACCUGAACUCCCUCCUGUAAUACAAGUGGCCCCUCUGUUUUCCAAGCAGUUGCAGGAUGUUUGGUUUACCAAUGCUUCCUCUAAGCGAGAAGGAAAAACUUGGAAAUAUUGAGCUGUAGCACUCUGCAUAGACACCAAUGAACAAAUAAUCACUGAAGGGGAAAGUAGUGCUAAAGUAGGGGAAUUAGUUGUGGUACGGAGUGUUUUCCAGCAUGAAGCCCAAUCUACCUCUCCUGUCUAUAUCUAUACUGACUCCUAUGCCGUAUUUAAAGGCUGUACUGAAUGGCUUCCAUUCUGGGAACAGAAUGAGUGGGAGGUCAAUAGGAUACCUGUAUGGCAGAAAGAAAGGUGGCAAGAUAUUCUAACCAUUGCUAGACAAGGAAAGGUUGCAGUAGCCUGGGUGGCUUCCCACCAAGCCAGUUAGCCUGUUAGCCAGUGGAAUGGCAAAGCUGACGAAUUAGCGCAAUUAGCUCCCCUCCAGAACACCCCAAUAGCAGAAGACUGGGAGCGAUUGUUAGAAUGGCUACAUGUAAAGAGGAAACACUCAGGGGUCAAAGAUCUCUACUGUGAAGCCCAUGCUCGAGGUUGGCCAGUUACCAGGGAAGAACGUAAAACUUGUGUGUCCGCCUGUGAACAAUGCCGUACCUGCUUAGAAAGACACCCCCUGGAAGGUGACCCCCUACACUCAAGGGAAGGGAAAGGGCUGUGGAAAGCUUGGCAAGUGGACUACAUUGGCCCUUUCUGAAAAUCAGAAGGAAAGCAUUAUGUGUUAGUUGGAGUAGAGAUAGUGUCAGGGUUAGUCCAAGCCAAAGCGUUUGCCAGAGCUACUGGGGAAAACACGGUGAAAGCUUUGAAAGAGUGGUUUGGCACCUUCCCCAAACCGUGGUCAAUUCAGUCGGAUAAUGGUUCCCACUUUACUGCUAAAAUAGUCCAAGAUUGGGCAACCCACGAAGGAAUCUUGUGGGUAUGCGUAUUAUCCACAGGCAAACAGAAUUGUGGAAAGAAUGAAUGGCCUACUGAAAUGCUUCCUCAAACCACAUAAGCCAGGAUGGGCUGAACGGCUAUGGGAUGCAGUGACUACUGUUAAGUCAUUGGGGAGUAAAUGGGUGCCUGAAAAUUACAGCAUUUUGCCCGAAGGCCCCAACCAUUAUACCAGCCCCAGAUGGCCUGGGUCAUCCCAGAAAUCCAUCACAUUUGCCGGGCCAACCAGUCUUAGUUGAACUCCCCAUGGUGGGGGGCUGUACCCCUGGUACUGGAAACCCCGACGAAUAAAUAUGCUUGGAAAGCAAAAGAUGCUCAUGGAAAAGAACAUAAGAUCAACACCAGGUGGAUUAUUCCAUCCUUCUAAUAACAACUUGUUUCCGGUUCCUUAGAACGAACCGAGUCUGUUUUCUUUUCUCUUUCAGGUGAAGA